UUAGACUUUAGCUCCUUAUCCGUCGAGCAGCAGCACAGCUGCAGGUCUCACAAUGGCAGUCCCAUUUCUCCUCGUCUCGAUCGCUCUCUGCUCCGUCCUUUUCUUCCUCGCCACCCUUUCCUCCGCCAAUGACAGCAAUGUCUUGCUCACCGGCGACGUCCUCGGCACCGACAGCCAGCUCUACUAUCCCGGCGCCACCUUCGUGAUGCAAGGUGACUGCAAUCUCGUCCUCUACAACAAGGGCCGCGGCUUCGAGUCCAACACCCACGGCGAGGGCGUCAACUGCACCCUCUCGCUCGGCGACCGCGGUCAGCUCGUCAUCACCAGCUCCGCAGGAUUCACCGUGUGGACCUCCGGGGUAGCUGGCAACGCCAAGACCGGCAAGUACGCAGCCGUCCUCCGACCCGACGGCGAAGUGGCCGUCUACGGCCCCGCGGUGUGGUCGACCCCUGACUUCCGCUUCGGCGCCGCCGGGCCCAACGAGGCGGAGCUGGCCGCCAUUCCCAUGGUGGAUAACCUGUUGUUCUCGUCCCAGGUUCUCGACGGUGGUUCUAACCUCGCGACCAGGGACUACACCUUCGUCAUGAAGGAUGACUGCAACCUGUCUCUGAUAAAGGGCGGGACCAGCGUUCUGUGGCAGUCCGGGACGGCGGGCAAAGGCCUCAACUGCUUCCUCCGGCUGGAUCACCUAGGGCAGCUCGCCGUCGUAGGCGACCACAAGUACAAGACCCUUUGGACCAGCAAGAACGUAUCAAGCGAAGGAGACUAUGUGCUUAUCCUCCAAAUCACCGGACAAGCUGUCGUCUACGGACCUGUGGUCUGGUCAACCUCGCAAGCCAACUGAUCGGCCGCCCCUUGCACCACCGCAGACAGCAUUCCUGCUUCAUUUUCCCUCACGCAUGGGCGAUGAAAUAAGAACACCAUAAUUAACUCCUUAAUUAUGCUAUCCACAGCCUGUACUCCACACUGUGUCCCAAGCAACACACCGAUGCAUGGCUUAAGCAUGAGUUAGGAUCUUUAAACAA